AGUUAUUUAACUCGUUCUUUUUCUCUUUGCAAUGUUAUCCAACAAAUUCGUUAAGUCAUCAUAGUACAUGUCAUAUGCAUUGCAUCAGUUCUUGACUUCAAUAAACAUAUCAUAUUUUACAGGCAGACAUUUCACGGUAGCCUGUCGUCAAAUUCUGCCGCAUAGCAGAUCGAGAAUGGACAGUAUUAAGUGAAAAAAAAAACUUGGUUGAAAUAACCGGUGCGGCGGUGAAGUGGGUUAACACCAAAAUGCACAGGCUUGUUAUCCCGUGCCAAAGUUUGUGCUCAUUUUGAAGAUCUUCAAUUUUUGAGAUAAAUUAAGUGUUUUUUAAUUACCAUGGCUUUAAGAUGUUGUGGAUCGCUCCACCUAGGAGUUAGAGGACUCAGCUUUCGUCUUGUCAGCCCGUCCACUAAGAAUUCAGGCCAGAAUAUUGCCUUAUUACAAAGAUGCACUCGACUAUUCAGCAGCACUCAACGGGUUAGCAAUGCCUUUAGGAAUUGGCUUGUCUUCAGUAAGGAACCCCCAAAGGGCUUUGAGAAGUUCUUCCCUGGACACAAGAAAGGUGCAGAGCCACCAAGGCCCAAGAACACAGUGUCUGCCAAAGAUAAGGGACCAGGGGAACCUACACCUGGCAGGAGCAGCGAGAGCAACCGGGGAGCGGACAGCAGUGGCAACAAACCCAACGACUUCUGGAAGGGUCUGAUGGGUAGUGGUGGGUCCAAGCCGGGGGGUGGACUGCCGCGCGGCACCAACCCGCCGAUAGACCCCAACAACAGGAACCAGCUGCUGUUCAGUAUAGCGGUGACUGUAACAGGGGCGGCGGCCGUGGCCUGGCUUCUCUCAGGGGGUUCGGCACCAGAAAUAACCUGGAAGGACUUCUGCCAAGACUAUCUGAUGGCUAGACAGGUGGAGAAAUUGGAGGUAGUCAACAAGAAGUAUGUCAGGGUGUGGCUAAGACCGGGCCAUUCUAAGGGGAGGUAUGUGUGGUUCAACAUCGGCAGCGUGGAUGCAUUUGAGCGAAACCUGGAGAACGCUCAAUUGGACCUGGGAAUUGAGCCCAACAACUAUCUGUCCGUGGUCUACAGUUCCGAAAGUGAUGGGAGUUUCCUAUUGAGCCUGAUCCCCACCGCUCUUAUGAUAGGCUUCUUCUUCUACUUGUUUCGCAACAACCCUGCCACGGGCGGCCGGGCAGGCAAGCGCGGAGGCAUCUUCGGCUUCGGGGAGACCACGGCCAGGAUUAUCAAGGAAGACGUCGGAGUACGCUUCAAGGAUGUUGCCGGAUGUGAGGAGGCCAAACUAGAAAUUAUGGAGUUUGUCAACUUCCUGAAGAACCCACAGCAGUACAUUGACUUGGGAGCUAAGAUUCCUAAGGGAGCCAUUCUGAACGGACCACCAGGGACAGGCAAGACCUUAUUGGCCAAAGCCACAGCCGGAGAGGCCAACGUACCCUUCAUCACUGUCAGUGGCUCAGAAUUCUUGGAGAUGUUUGUGGGCGUCGGUCCAUCCAGGGUUCGAGACAUGUUUUCUAUGGCCAGGAAGAAUGCACCUUGCAUCCUCUUCAUUGACGAGAUUGAUGCGGUCGGCAGGAAGCGAGGAAAGAGCAACUUUGGUGGACAGAGCGAGCAGGAGAACACGCUGAACCAGCUCCUGGUUGAGAUGGACGGAUUCAAUACAACGACCAAUGUGGUGGUCCUAGCCGGCACCAACCGUCCAGAUAUCUUGGACCCUGCCCUGCUCAGACCCGGGCGCUUUGACAGGCAGAUCUACAUCGGCGCCCCAGACAUCAAAGGAAGAGCCUCCAUCUUCAAGGUCCACUUGAAGCCCCUCAAGACAGCAGUGGAUCAAGAAGCCAUGUCCAAGAAAAUGGCUGCACUCACUCCUGGUUUCACAGGAGCCGAUAUCGCCAACGUCUGCAACGAGGCUGCCCUGAUUGCCGCCAGACACGGUUGCAAGGAAAUCAGUUCCUCCCACUUUGAGCAAGCCAUCGAACGAGUCAUUGCAGGUCUAGAGAAGAAAACCCAGGUGCUGCAACCAGAAGAGAAGAAGACAGUGGCCUACCACGAGGCGGGUCAUGCCAUUGCAGGGUGGUUCUUACAAUAUGCUGAUCCAUUACUCAAGGUGUCCAUCAUUCCGAGGGGUAAAGGCCUGGGUUAUGCCCAGUACCUGCCCAGGGAACAAUUCCUCUACACCAAAGAGCAGCUGCUAGACAGGAUGUGCAUGACGCUCGGAGGACGUGUUUCUGAACAGAUCUUCUUCGGCAAGAUCACGACAGGAGCACAGGAUGACCUCAAGAAGGUCACGCAGGUUGCCUACGCUCAGAUUGUCCAGCACGGCAUGAGCGACGUCAUCGGCAACGUGUCCUUCGACCUACCCCAGCAAGGUGAGAUGGUCUUGGAGAAGCCUUACAGUGAGGCUACGGCUAAGAUGAUUGAUGAGGAGGUUCGUAAGCUUAUCCAGACGGCCUACGAUCUCACCAUGGACCUGUUGACCAAGCACAAGGAUGACGUAGAAAAGGUUGCCUUACGACUUUUGGAGAAAGAAAUCUUAAACAAGGAAGACAUGGUGGAACUUCUUGGUAAUAGGCCAUUUGCCGAGAAGUCAACAUAUGAGGACUUUGUGGAAGGAACUGGAAGUAUGGAGGAGGACACUUCGUUGCCAGUUGGGCUCAAGGACUGGAACAAGCAAAAAGAGGCGACCAAAGAUGCACCAGAGGGAGGGAAACUACAGCCAGAGACAGCAUGAUGGAGGGGGGAGGGUGUAAAUCCACAUCAUUGAACUGCAUAGCCUUGUGUGUUUAGUGUCUUCCCUACAGUGUGUGCCUGUGGGAUGGUUGGACUGGAAACAUGCCAGCAAACACACUUACCCCCUUUGGAAUCGAUGGAUAAUUGCCUUGUUGCUUAACAUGGCAUUACCCAAGGGUUGAUAAAUUUGCAGCUGGUGCAAAGGUGGUUGAUAUAACAGCCUAAUGCUGGAUAAAUGAAAAUAAGGAUUGACUAAGUAAAUGUUCCCAACUCCUUGGUAAAAUCAGACUUUUGUUUGAAGGCAUUCAUGAUCGUAUUUACUGGCAAUCACAGGACUAAAGUUUACUUUUUAUUAGAAUUGUUUAAAUUGAAAUUGAAAAUAAAAUUGGUUUGUAUGCAGUCUGAAGCUGUAGUGCUUUCUGAAUCAACUAGAUUUUUGAGGAAGAAAUUAUCAUGUGCGUUCUUGUGUCCUCUUUUUUGGUGAAUUUUGUAAGAUUUUUUCUCUGGGGUUUAUUGGUAACGUGAUGCCUGUACCUUUAGAAAUUGAAUGAGGCCCACAUUUAGAAGCCUUUGGGACUCUGCCAGAACUUUGGUAGUUUAGAAUGGAGACAUUUAACAUCUAAUGAAAGCAUAAUUUGCCAGGUUUCCAGGUGGAAUUUUUGUUUGCCCGGAAGGAAUUGAUCCCUGCCAUGCCUUCAUCUUUUGUCAAAGACCAGUAAGCCUGAUCGACUUUCUGCCGUGGUGACCUCUGACACUGACUCAAUGUAAUUUUGAUAUUCACACACACGGUAGUCAGUGAUACUGCAGAGACAGGGAAGCUGUGCCUUUCCUUUAUCAAGUGAAGUCAGACCGCUAGACUUUAUUAACUGUCUUUAGCAUAAAGAACCUAUUAAAAAUGACAGUAAAGUGUGCCCAUUACGAGAAGUGUUGGAGAAUGUUCUGAUAGUUUGUUUCUGCCACUGUGUCGACCAACUUGGUAACUUGUGCACAUUUAUAAGUUUCUCAGAUUUUUCUAAACUCCCUGGCCUUGCCUACCGUCUAGUCUGUAACAUGAUUCUGAUGUUGAUUGAUGAGGAGGUAUAACAAUAUUUCCAGAACUUGUCCCCUGUGGUGGACUCUCUGUGAUGCUGGCUUGUUGCUGACAGAAACAUGUUGCAUUCUCAUCAUGUUGUUUACGAGACUUUUCUUUUCCUAGCCAGCACACUUGUUUCUAUACUAGUGUUUCUGUUUGGCUUUGAUAAGUCUAACCUUUAUGGAAAUGAUUCAGAUUUCAUUUCUGUCAGUAAUUGAUCAGAAUUGUCUCCAAACUUCUUCAUCAAACGACAAAGUUCCGUGGAAAUACCUCAAACUUCAUUAAAUGUUCAUUGAAUGUCAUGAGAGUUUGUUGCUUUCUUUAAAACGGUUAUUUACGUCCUGGGAAAAAGGCUUUCAAAAAUUGCACUUUUUUAAGAGAAAACAUUUUAACUUGCUUGAUUCAGUUCUAGCUGAGAGUUGCCAGGCUGUGACCAAUUUGACUAGCUAAGGCUAGGAGUGAUGCACAUGCUUAGCCAAUGGCUUUCCUUUAACGUGUGUUAUUGCUAGCUGCAGACACCGUGACAACUUCUGGACACAGCCCCGCUUUCGAGUGGGAAUCCACAGAUCUGCCCUUUCUAAUUAGAGUAAACAUAAUGAAUGUCCGAGUUCUUACAUGCUCUCACGUGCUGGUAUUAAAAAGUCUUCAUUCUGUCGAAUGAAAAUUUUCCCAGAGUAAUUUCAACCUGUAUGUAAAAGUGAUUAAGAAUUAAUCAGAAUAAAUGCAAUCAUUUGGAA